GUUCGAGUAAACACAGCGCACACGUUACAAGUAAAACGUUGUAAAAAUGGCUGAGAAGCAAAACAAUAAGAAAAGCUCUCGGGAUUUACUUCUCUGCGGGAAUGAAGGAGGAAUUCAUGACAAACUGUUACUGAAAUCUAAGAAGCCAUCAUCACUGCAAACUGAAAAGAUUCCAAGAUGUAGUGUUCUUGACAGGCUCCAGAGUUUCUUACCACAAAUGGCGCUGGCCAACGAGACUUUAAAGCAGCAGAUGGAAAACGCUCCUGCAGAACAUUUUGACAUUGAGAGCGUAAAGGAUUUAAAAAGUGUCAUUGAGAUGGAUGUUGCUCUGGUGGAGCUAGAAGGCUCAGACAGCAGUGAGGAAGAGGACUCAUCGGAGGACAGUAGUAGCUCAGAUGAAGAAGAAACCGUCAGCACAGAAACACUCAAACUACCUGGAAACCAAAAGAGAAAAGCCAACAUCCAAGUGCUAGAGAGAGAGGGAGAGUGAAACCAGUCUCCAGCAGCCAGAUAUUUCUGCUCUCGUUCAUGUACUGUACUGCAAGCUGGUGCAUUAGAUCUCGUGUCACCCCCUCACACACACACACACACACAGAGAAAAGGGGAGGUGGAGAUCUGUGAUUUUUACUCUGAAUCACUAUCAGAAGGCACUGUAAAUAUGGACAGAGAUGGAUUGUUGACAGUUAAUCAUAACUAAUGAUACAGAUAUUCAGGAUAGAGUUCUAUAAAUUCAACUUAAACAUAAAGCCUCCAGUCUUUGAGGCAUUUUUUUUUUUUGGCAGUUCCCAUAUUUUGGGCUGGCCACAAUGGAUCAUUAUGGUCUGCAUACCUGAUUUGACGCCUGGAUGUGAGGAUCAAACCCAGAGCUUAAGAAACCAUGUAUCACCCAUUCUACUAGCUGCAUCACUGUGACAAGAAAUGUAAGUUUUGAUAGGUAUAAUAAUGAUGUAAAUACAAUUACGAAAACAUUGGAAAAAUGUAAAACGGACAGUAAAUGAUUUGUAAUGAUUACAUAGAAUAAAGGCAAGAUAUUUAAUGUUUCAACUAAUAAACUUUGUUUUUUUUGUCUA